CGGGUUGCUGAGGGAGAGACGGGGAUGAGAGGAUGGGAAACGUGCAGAGGAGUGUGGAGGAGAUGAGGUGAGGACGGCCAGAGCUCCGCCACAGCAGAAGACUCGGAGUGUCGGCUGAGAAUGCCGAAGGCGUGGCGCGGAUAAUCUCAGGAAAAUGCGUUGGCUGUGCGCACCGUAUAUUGAUCAUAUAGUUUCCAGACGGCGGAUGAAGUUUAAGACACCCGCCUCUCGCCGCUGCUCGGUGAGAAUGGGAAAGUCUUUCAUCUCCCUCCCAUGUGUUUGCGGCAGGAACACGGGGGAGUCUCUCCUCCCUCUGAGAGUGCAUAACUCUGUGCAGAGACUGCGUGUAGCUGAUGUGUUUACGGGGAGCAUACACGCACGCUUUGUUCAGAGGGAACUCUCUGUGAAUAUUCCAAACCAACAAAGGCAAGAUCCUGCUGGGCUGCUGUGUAUCAAUAGAUCAGAAGGUGUGGAUCACACAAACAAAGACCUGCGAAAAAACUUUGAGGCCCUCGCCAGCUUUGACCUGUGUGCCUCGCAUGGUCUGUCUCAUGAUCCGAUGCCUGUCAGAGAUGAGGAGAACAGUCACGGUACGCAUUGUGCAGGAGAAGUUGCUAUGGAGGCCAACAACUCCUACUGUGGUGUGGGCAUCGCAUUUAAUGCCAGGAUAGGAGGUAUUCGUUUGCUUGCUGGCAAUGUCACUGAUGCCAUGGAGGCCACGGCUCUGACUUAUAACAUGCACUUCAUCGACAUCUACGUCUGCAGUUGGGGCCCUCCGACGUUGACAUGGAGGGAUGUUCAGCAUCUGAUCGCCCUGACAGCGAAGAUCCCUGACCCCAAGGAGCCGGGCUGGACUAUCAACGCAGCAGGAUACCAUGUUCACCAUAGGUUUGGUUUUGGAGUGUUGGACGCGGGGCUGAUGGUGCAGCAGGCUGUGCUGCUCCGCACUGCUGCUCCACAGAGGAAGUGCAAGCAAGAGGAGACGUUUUAUUCAGACAGAUUUAUCCCUGCUGGAGGCCAAGUGAGCAUCAACAUUGAAUCUGAUGGCUGCCAAGGGAGAGCCAAUGAAAUCAACACUUUGGAGCAUGUGCAGGUGAGAGUCAGAAUUACUGCAGCGUGUCGUGGCGACCUCUCCAUAAGUCUGGAGUCUCCAGGUGGCACAGUGUCUCUGCUGCUGGAUACUCGGCCCUACGACGCCUCGACUGCUGGCCUGAAGAAUUGGACCAUGAUGACAGUGCACUGCUGGGGAGAGCAGGCACGAGGCCUGUGGACCCUUAAGGUGAGAGAAGGACUGCUGCCCUCCUUUCUGCUGAUGUAUAUGUUUGACACAAACAUAUCCUUUUUAGUCAGUUUUCUAUGUGCUGUUUGUCUGCUGACGUCAGAUGGCAAACAAACCUCAAACAUCACUUUUAUUACCACUUUUUGUCAUUCCAAGCAUUGCCAUAUUCUUUUUUUUUUAUCAGAACUGUGUUACAAGCACAUAAUUCUUCUUGCUUUAACAAUAACUAAAACCUUCAUUUGAAGUUGUUUGAACUCUACAUCUGUUACAGUUCCUUUUAAAAUGUAUUCAUCACUCUUGGACUUUUUCACAUUUUGUAACUUUACAAUAAGAAACUUCAAUGUAUUUUCUUAGGAUUUUACAUGACAGAACAGUAAGGCAAAAUUGUCAAGUUGAAAGCGCUUCCAGACCAGGAAAAUUAACAAAUUAAUUAAUAGCACAAAAAUAAAUUCCUUCUGGCAUUUUUAUGUGCUCGUCACUAUACUAAACAUUUAAGAUUUUGCUGAAACAAACAACCAGUCAGAUGUUAGAAAAGUGAAACCUAAAAAGGAUCAAACUUAAUUCUAUUCAACUU